AUGGCUGAGAAGGUUACUGUGAUGGUGCUGAAGGUUGAUCUCCAAUGUCCUUCCUGCUACAAGAAAAUCAAAACAAUUCUUUGUAAAAUUCCUCAAAUUAGAGGGCAGAUAUUUGAUGUCAAGCAAAAUACAGUGACAAUCAAUGUAGUAUGCUGCAGCCCAAAAAAAAUUCGUGACGAAUUGUGCUGCAAAGGUGGAAAGGUUAUCAAGAGUAUUGAAAUAAAAGGGUGUGCACCUCCACCACCGCCUCCACCACCACCGCCUCCACCACCGCCUCCACCUCCGCCUCCACCUCCACCUCCGCCUCCGCCACCGCCACCGCCUCCGCCUCCACCUCCACCACCGCCUCCACCACCACCUCCACCACCAGUGAAUGGGCUCGAACUUCGAAUCACACUUGAUCAGCCGGCACGGACUUGUUGUGAACCAUGUUCACAAGGUUAUGGUGGGGGUCCAUGCUACCAUGGGCACCCAGCUCCGCCGUUGUGUUCCAACGGUUAUCAUGGGUAUGGGAGUGAUUGUAAAUGCGGCUGUGGUUGUUGUUGUGGUUGUGGGAGGGGUUGCCACCUGAGAAAGUGUGUUUGUUAUAUUGAACAAAAUCCCACAGCCGAAUGCAAGAUCAUGUAA